AGAGAGAGUUCCAGAAGAAGGGGAACGGAUCUCAAAACAAAUUAGGGUUCCAAGGAGAGGGAGACGAUAUCUUUGAUUCUUGACGAGGCAAUGACUGAAGCAUUUGAAGGCUGGAAUCGAUGGCUCGAAGCUCCGUGUUUGUUUUGGCGACCUGGGGAUUAUAACUAUCAGACGCCUAAGCAUGAUCCCAAAAAGGCUAUCUACACACCUGAGCAAGAGCAAGAACGAAUUAAGGAAGAAGUAGAUAAUAGCGAGGUAAUAAUAAUAAUAAUAAUUCGUUAUUUGUUUUCUUUUGCAAUAGAAUAUGUUUGAUUAUUUAUAUAUAUAUGUGAAACACAACAUCGAUUUCGACAUCGAUUUCGAUAGCUUCCGUUGCGUUUUCAACUACCAUCGUGCUUACCUCGACGCGAAUGAGUUCGUGGAUGAGCCAGACACCACUGGAGAUUUACUCGUGAGGCUAUCCAAGGAAGCCCUCGAUGGUCGCAAUGCAACAUAUAAGACAGAUUUCGAGUUUGCCAGCGUUGUUAAAGCCAACUUUCACUACUCUGCUGGAUUCAUGUUUCUCAUAACGUUUGAAGUUCGUGAUCCUUAUGAUGGUCUGAUCAAACCAUUCCAAGCAAGGGUGCGCCACCUUAAACAUACCUUCACCGAGCAUGUCUUCUGCAGGCCUAAACCCAACGCCGGAGUGGAAUACUAUGGGACUGCCAAGACAGAUUUCGAGAAAGAUACCAAGAAACAAAGAUUGGAGUAGUAGGAGCUUUACUAUGCUACGAGUAGUGAGUAGUGAAACCUAAGAGAGACGUCUCUUGUUUAGUUAUCUAUUUACUUCCUGACUCUUGUUCGUUUUCGUAACACUCAAGUGUGACUUUACUUCUUGUGUUCCAUUGAAUAAUAGACUUAUCGGACGAA